CCGGAGUUGGCGCCGGCGCCGUCUGGGGAGAGCGAGGACUCCUGGAGGCAGUGGCCGGCCCGCGCGCCAGAACCGUUUCCCCGGUUUUAGAGGACAGCCCCCUUCCUGACUGGCUGUGCUGGAGAGCCGGAGCUCCUGGAGAUGGAUAAGUUUGUCAUUCGAAAACCUCUGCCUCACAGCAGCCCUCAGAAGAAAGAUUCUGGAGAAAAGGUUUACAAGCAGGCCACGCUUGAGUCUUUGAAGAGAGUGGUGGUUGUCGAAGACAUCAAAAGAUGGAAAGCAGUGUUGGAGCUUCCAGGGCAACCCCAAGAAAAUUUAGUUGAAGCUUUACGGGAGUUAAAGAAGAAACUACCCUCAAAAGACGUGUUAAGGUCAACCAAGAUAGGUCACACUGUGAACAAGAUGCGCAAACAUUCAGAUGGAGAGGUGGCUAAUCUUGCCAGUGAGGUUUACACUGAGUGGAAGACGUUCAUUGAGAAGCAUUCAGAUAAGCCCUCCAUCGAAGUCCGCAGCGACCCCCAAACUGAGACGUUCAGGAGAAAUGCCCAGAAGUUACUGUCUGAAGCAUUGGAACUAGAGAUGGAUCACCCACUGGUUGAAAAUAUCGAGCGUGAAGCUUUUCAUCUCUGCUCCCGUCUCAUUAAUGGACCGUAUCGGCGGACAGUGAGAGCCCUGGUCUUUACAUUAAAGCACCGAGCUGAAAUUCGAGCUCAGGUCAAGAGCUGCUCGCUCCCAGUCAACAUGCUGGUGCAGACUUACAAAAAGUGACCUUCGUAGUCGUCCACGCCCUGGGGAGCGGCGCUGCGCCCACCGAAGGCUGGCCACUUCCCUCUUUUCAAAGGCUUCUUUGAAUUUGGGUGAUGGGGAGACCCGGCCGCCGUUGGCCUUCUCCAAGUGCCAUUCCAUUCAGAAGGAGGGCACGAAGAACGACAGGGGAUGGGCCCCGGCAUCAUUAUCCAUAACAAGUGCCGCUGUCUGAAAGCAUCAAUGGCGCCCCAGGGCCCUCGAAGCACCAUGUUUGUGAUCACAAAACUAGGCCAGGAGGGUGAUGGGGCUUAUUGUGGGUUUGCCAAGGAGGCCUCUCAACUCCUUUCUCCUGUUGGGCUGGUAGUGCUUCUCCCUUAUUCCACCACCCUGCAGGUAACUGAAACUCAAUUACUGCCGGCUUCGCGACGUCCCCCCGUGUUUAGAUAGCCCUGGUGCUCUCAGAACUCACCCAUCUGUCUUCCCUUUACUGUAUGCCAGGGGGAAGCCUGCAGGCGCCCGCCAACGCCCCCCUCUUCCCUGAUCGUACUUAUCUGAAUGUUUCAGCUCUCCCUUGAAGACCUUCAGCGUUGGUCUCUGAAGCCCCCAUGCUGGGGCUUCUAAUGAGCGGUGGCCUGAAGUGGCCAAACCUCAUGCUUUAUUUGAAUGCCUGGCUAUUAGACUUUAGAGAUAUAUAGAAGGUAGAUAAUGAAAUCUCUCUCUAAACAAGUUGGUUGAGAAAAAUCUGUUCUAGCAAAUCAUGACUGGACUACAGGACACUCCUUGAGUGAUUAUGUAAAUGCAGUUUGCCUUUUUUAAGAGCAUGAUAAUAAACCAUAUGGUUCAAAAACA